AUGAACAGACUCAAGAGCGGAGAGGUCAAUCUCGGGACCUCUAUCAUGGCAGUUCAGUUCGACAAGGGCGUCGUCAUCGGCGCCGACAGUCGUACGACGACUGGAAGCUAUAUCGCCAACCGUGUAACAGACAAGCUCACCCAUGUCCACGAUCGGAUAUACUGCUCUGACACGCAAGCAGUCGCAGAUAUAGUACACAACUACUUGCAGCUAUAUACACAAAUCCACGGCGCCCACCCUCCAGUUUCGUCAGCUGCGGGCAUGUUCCAGGAUAUUUGCUAUGAUAACAAGGAUGCUCUCAGCGCGGGUAUCAUCGUUGCUGGGUGGGACAAGGAGGUCGGUCCAAGUGUAUAUAACAUUCCUCUGGGCGGAGGGCUUUUCCGCCAGCCGUGGGCCAUUGGAGGCUCUGGCUCAACAUAUGUAUACGGUUACUGUGAUGCAACGUACCAGGAUGGGUGGGGGCGGGAUGAGACCGUCGAAUUCGUGAAAAAUACGCUUUCACUUGCGAUGGCAAGAGAUGGCUCAUCAGGAGGUGUCAUCCGCAUGUGCGUAAUCACGGAGGAUGGUGUCGAGCGGCUCUUUGUUCCCGGCGACAAACUCCCCAAGUUCUGGGAAGGUCGUGAGGUACUGUCAGGGCCAGUGAAGAAGAGCGUGGAACCAGCAGCGAUGGCUAUUGAGUAA